ACUAUCCAGUAUUCCAGUGGUUGGGGACUCGGGUCUUUUUUAGCCAAACGGGUCAACGUUAGUCAACGAGGCUGUCGGGUUGCCAGCUCAUACCUAAGUUCAUGUCGCUUCUUCCUCGCCUCAACUCCUAAGCUUCGAUUUCAGCCGGAUUCUCACGAUCCAGAAACAUUUUGAUCUUCAUUACAGUCGAGAAACGACAAAGAAAAAUAAGAAACAGUUUCUGCAGCGGUUUUCUACUUAGCUUCGCCCAGCUCUGCUCAUAAAGGGGAGGCAGACAUAACAAUGGCGUUCCUGUUUGGUCUUGUGAUAGGAGUCGUCGUUGGCCUAGCUUUGAUAGUCGCGUUUGUGAAAUCUGAGAACGCCCGAUCCAAACGCCGUUCCGAGCUCGCCAAUACUGUUGCGGCGUUUGCAAGGAUGACGGUGGAGGAUUCUAGAAAGAUUUUCACCCCGGACCAGUACCCUUCGUGGGUUGUCUUCUCUAAGCGACAAAAGUUGAAAUGGCUCAAUAGUCAUCUUGAAAAGAUAUGGCCAUAUGUGAAUGAGGCAGCCUCUGAUUUGAUCAAGAUGAGUGUUGAGCCUGUUCUUGAGUCAUACCGACCGGUGGUUUUAGCCUCAUUGAAGUUUUCAAAAUUCACUCUUGGCACUGUUGCACCCCAAUUUACAGGAGUAGAAAUCAUUGAAGAUGGAAGUGAAAGUAUUACCAUGGAGUUAGAAAUGCAAUGGGAUGGAAAUCCUAAUAUAAUACUUGAUAUUAAGACUUAUGUCGGUGUUGCACUACCAGUGCAGGUGAAAAACAUUGGUUUUACUGGAGUUUUCAGGCUGAUCUUUCGCCCACUUGUUGAUGAGCUUCCUUGCUUUGGAGCAGUUUGUGUAUCUUUAAGACAGAAGAAAAAGCUCGAUUUUACACUUAAAGUAAUUGGUGGCGAUCUGACAGCAAUACCCGGCAUGGCUGAUGCAAUUGAGGGUACAAUACGAGAUGCUAUUGAAGAUUCUAUCAUGUGGCCUGUCCGAAAAGUUAUUCCUAUAUUGCCUGGGGAUUACAGUGAUCUUGAACUGAAGCCUGUUGGAAAAUUAGAGGUGAAACUUGUACAAGCAAAAGGUUUAACCAAUAAAGACCUCAUUGGAAAGUCUGAUCCUUUUGCUGAGUUAUAUGUACGCCCAGUACGUGAUAAAAUUAAAAAAAGCAAGAUAAUUAACAAUGAUUUGAAUCCAGUCUGGAAUGAGCAUUACCAGUUUGUUGUUGAAGAUCCAUUAACACAACACUUGGUGGUAAAGAUAUAUGAUGAUGAAGGAUUUCAAGCUAGUGAGUUACUUGGAUGUGCUCAUGUUCGGUUGAAUGAACUUGAACCUGGGAAAGUGAAGGACUUAUGGUUGCCAUUGGUUAAAGACUUGGAGAUACAAAGAGACAAAAAAGAUAGAGGGCAGGUGAACUUGGAACUGUUGUAUUGCCCAAUUGGCACGGAGAAUGGGUUUGCUGACCCUUUUGAUGAUAAUUUUUCAAUGACUUCGUUAGAGAAAGUUCUUAAAAGUGGUGCAGAGUUGAAAGAAAAUGGAAGCAAUGUCAAAAGAAGGGAGGUAAUUGUACGGGGGGUACUUUCGGUCACUGUGAUAUCUGCUGAUGACCUUCCCGCAGCUGAUCUUCUUGGGAAAGCUGAUCCCUAUGUUGUUCUAACUUUAAGGAAAGCUGGUACAAAGAACAAAACAAGGGUUGUCAUGAAAAGUUUGAAUCCAGAAUGGAAUCAGACUUUUGACUUUCUUGUUGAGGAUGGAUUGCAUGACAUGCUGACUCUAGAAGUCUGGGAUCAUGACACCUUUGGAAAGGAUUACAUGGGACGAUGCAUCUUAACAUUGACGAGGGUGAUAAUGGAAGGUGAAUAUAAAGAAUCCUAUGACUUAGAUGGUACCAAAUCAGGAAAGCUCAACUUGCAUCUCAAGUGGACACCACAACCGAUUUACAGGGACACCUAAGUCACAAACGUUUUUUGUGACCUUCCUGAUUUUUGUAGAUUCAUUGCCAGAACUCAGAAGCUUGAGAGAUUGUCAUUGUAACGUUGUGGUGUACAUAGUAUAGUUUCAUUGUUUAGCAGAGAUUUAUGGAGAAGGCACAUACAUAGCUACAAAUCUCUAGUACUGGAGUGCGUUGAAGUGAAUUGAAAAAAAAUUGAAAGAAUUAUAUAAAUAAUAUAGUUAUAUAGGUCAUUAGGAAAUCCAGUUUGAUAAAUGUUCCUUCCUUUUUACUUGAUAGGUUUUGCAUUGUCUUCUAGGUUUUAAUGUUUUAUAUAUCAAAAUAUCAGCAGACAGCAAUGCUUUCAACUUUCAAGUGUGUCUUGCUGAGUGAGUACUUUGUAUAGGCGUACUUUUCAGUGUUUGUUUCUUGUUUUUGUUACCUGUUGAGAUGAUUUUCACAAAUGGUGAUCUUUUAGUCUUUGGGGUUAGCUCGAGUGGUCGUGCACUUGUUGUAUCCUCUUGCCUCAAGCGGCAGUGUGAAAGUUAGUUUUUUAUUGGGAAUCUGGUGAUGUUUGAUCAGUUAAUGUUGGUUAUAUGAGAACAUGUGGAGAAUGAUUUCUUCGGUGUGCGGUGGUGUAUAAAUGAUGCUUGAAAUC